AUGCCUGAAAUAAUUCCGCUUCCGUUUGGAAAGCCGCAGCCUCAGUCCCGCCGCCGCCCGCCGCGUCCGCCCAGCGCCCGCUCCGCGUCCGGACCGGCCCGCGGCUGCCCGCGCCGCGCCAUGGCCACCUCCCCGCAGAAGUCGCCCUCGGUCCCCAAGUCUCCGACUCCCAAGUCACCCCCGUCCCGCAAGAAAGAUGACUCCUUCUUGGGGAAACUCGGAGGGACUCUGGCCCGGAGGAAGAAAGCCAAGGAGGUGUCCGAGCUUCAGGAGGAAGGAAUGAACGCCAUCAACCUACCCCUCAGCCCUAUCCCCUUCGAGUUGGACCCUGAGGACACAAUGCUGGAGGAGAAUGAAGUGCGAACCAUGGUGGAUCCAAACUCUCGCAGUGACCCCAAACUUCAAGAGCUGAUGAAGGUAUUAAUUGACUGGAUUAAUGAUGUGUUGGUUGGAGAGAGAAUCAUUGUGAAAGACCUGGCUGAAGACUUAUAUGAUGGACAAGUCCUGCAAAAGCUUUUUGAGAAACUUGAGAGUGAGAAGCUAAAUGUCGCUGAGGUCACCCAGUCAGAGAUUGCUCAAAAGCAAAAAUUGCAAACUGUCCUGGAGAAGAUCAACGAAACCCUGAAACUCCCUCCCAGGAGCAUCAAAUGGAAUGUGGACUCCGUUCAUGCCAAGAGCCUGGUGGCUAUCUUGCAUCUACUGGUUGCUCUGUCUCAGUAUUUCCGGGCACCAAUCCGACUCCCAGACCACGUUUCCAUCCAAGUUGUUGUGGUCCAGAAACGAGAAGGAAUCCUCCAGUCUCGGCAAAUCCAAGAGGAAAUAACUGGUAACACAGAGGCUUUUUCCGGGAGGCAUGAGCGUGAUGCCUUUGACACCUUGUUUGACCAUGCCCCAGACAAACUCAACGUGGUGAAAAAGACACUCAUCACUUUUGUGAACAAGCACCUGAAUAAGCUGAACCUGGAGGUCACAGAACUGGAAACCCAGUUUGCAGAUGGGGUGUACCUGGUGCUGCUUAUGGGGCUGCUGGAGGGCUACUUUGUACCUCUGCACAGCUUCUUCCUGACCCCGGACAGCUUUGAGCAGAAGGUGUUGAACGUCUCCUUUGCUUUUGAGCUCAUGCAAGACGGAGGGUUGGAAAAGCCAAAACCACGGCCAGAAGACAUCGUCAACUGUGACCUGAAAUCCACACUGCGAGUGCUGUACAACCUGUUCACCAAGUACCGAAACGUGGAGUGAAGGCCGGCCUGGAUCCCUGCUGCCCAGAAGAUCUUGCUAUUGGCAGAAUGGACCAUCCUCCAAACUGCCUUAACCUGCUUAUCCCUGUCUCUCGCUCUGUGCUCUCCCACAAGCCCAGCUACAGCCCCGAGGUAGUGGGACCUGAAAUUAGUAAGGAAACGAUCAAUAACUCAAUGAGUUGACCCACCCCUCCCAAGCCCUGGGGACUGACCCAGCAGUGAGGGUUGGGAAGGUUGUCCCCAUCCGAGUGCCAGGUUCAGAUUUCUGUCUGUGAUCUGGGAACCAGCUUAAGCAAAAGGGGGUCCCCAGAAGAUGAAAAUAAAGACCCUAGUUACCAUU